UGCCGCUCUGCCGGCUGCCCGUCCGUCCCUCCGUCCAUCCUCUCGGGGCCCGCAGGCGCUCGCCAUGGGGCUGCUAACCGAGCUGGCCCGCGGGCUGGUGCGGGGCGCCGACCGCAUGUCCCCGUUCACCAGCAAGCGCGGCCCUCGGUCCUACAACAAGGGCCGGGGAGCCAAGAAGAUUGGCGUGCUGACCUCCAACAAGAAGUUCAUCCUCAUCAAGCAGAUGGUGCCUCAGUUCGUCGUCCCCGAGCUGGCGGGCUUUAAGCUGAAGCCCUACGUGUCGUACCGCGCUCCGCACGGCUCGGAGCCGCCCAUGACGGCCAAGCAGCUCUUCACCGAGGUGGUGGCACCGCGCAUCGAGAAGGACGUGAAGGAGGGAACCUUCGACCCAAACGCGCUGGAGAAGUACGGCUUCGAGCCGACGCAGGAGGGGAAGCUCUUCCAGCUCUUCCCCAAGAAUUACGUGCGCUAGGGGGCAGGCGGGGCUGCGUUGCGAGAGACUUGGACUGCACCUGCGGCUCGGGACGGUUUCUUUCGCUGAGUAUUAAAUGCAAGUCCUUCCAGUGUA